AUGAAUUACCUUGUAUUGAAUUCGGCCGAACAAUAUCCGCCCUAUUACCAAAAUCAAAUGCCUUACGACUACACAGAAGUCGAUUAUGAGGACUACGAGUCCAAUGAAUGCACCUGCUCUUGCCAACGCUGUGAAGACAUAAAACCAUGCUGCAGAAACACUUGCAACAACUGCUUCCAACCUUCCAGCAUCGUGAUAGUUCCCUAUCCCUACCCACUUAUAAUAUCAACGAAACAAAAAGAAGCAACUACUGCGCCACCUACACAAGAAACGACAGCUCCUGUUCCACAAGAAACAACAUUACCGCCACCUCCUCCAACAGAAUUACCAACUACAGACAUCCUAAGAAACAAUGAAGCGUACAUAAAUGAUAUUAUAGCCAGAGCGCCGAAUUUAAAUAAGAAGAAUAAGUUUGUGUUAACCAAUCUAAGACGUACAAAGCCCGAUUGGGUGCCGAAGUAUGGUAUUGUACCCAUACCGGAUAAUUUGGCAGAGAAAUUAAUGCUCCAACUGCGGAGCAUGCGUGUUUUACAUCCAAAGAAAGAGACCUUUAAACCUAGUGCAACGCUGUCCUCGUUGGAGAAGAUAAUAUAA